GCGGCGUCGGAGAGCAAGUCAGCGGUGGAUCUGACGCUGUUCAAGACGCAGCUGCGGCUCGCGACGGAGCGCAUCUACGUGACAGUGCGCGACUCCAUCAACAACGAGCUGCAGGGCCACUUCGGCAGCGGCCACCUCGUCGGCCAGACCCCCCGCAAGGCAGCAGCGACCCCAACCCCCCGCUCCCGCCGCGCCCGUGGGGGCUCCUCCGGGGGCGACCGCUCCUCCCUCCCGCGGUCAGCAGGCAGCAUGCGGCGGCAGAUGCUGGACUACUGGGGGAACGUGCUGGAGACGGUGGGGCACAUGGUGGCGGCGCUGGAGGACAACCACGUGCCCGUGUUCCUCAUCCAGCACGUGCUCAGGCAGCUGCUGUCGUAUGUCGACUUACGCGUAUUCAACAGCCUGAUGGUACGGAGCCAGUGGUGUCCGUGCAACUUCAGCAACGGCGAGACCAUAGAGGAGGGCAUGGGCAAGCUGGACCGCUGGCUCACGGACCUCGAGAUGAGCCACGCCAAGCGCGCACAGGGCGAGCUCCCAGGGCUCAAGGACAGCCUGUGCCACGUGCGGCAGGCCGCGCUGCUGCUGACGAUGAAGAACAAGCACCGUGCGACGGUGGACGACGUGCGCAAGCUGUGCCCCGACCUGAAUGGGAAGCAGCUGGGGAAGAUCUGCCUGUGGUACCAGGACGAGAAGUACGGCACGCUGGGCUUCGACCCCGACGUCAACUACGAGCUCAGCGACCUGGCGGACGACGACGACGCCGAGAUGCUCAAGGACGACGAGAGUGUGCCGUUCGCCAUCACGGACCUGGUGGCGUCCAUGGGCGACAUCAACCUGGACGAGGUGCCUCUGCCGCCCGAGCUGAGGCGCGACCCGCACUUCCGCUUCCUGCAGCCCACACCCAGCGAGCCCCAGCAGCAGCAGCAGCAGCAGCAGCCCAAGAUCGCCGCCACCAGGAGCGUGACACUCGCCACGCCCACCCGAAGCUUCUGGGGCUGAUUGCACCGCACCGUACCGCACCGUACUGCACCGGACCAGACUGGACUGAGCCGGACCGCAACGCCCGCUAGGGGCACGUAGUGGCUUGAGGCCAGGCUGGUGGGGUGGUGUUGUGAAUGCAGGGUGGUGGGGAGAGGGACUGCUGCCACGCCCAGCACAUGUGCUUCUACGCCCAGAGGGGCAGUUCUUCCCGGAGUGUUCUCCACCUACACAGCGCAUCCUAUCAAGCCCUUAUCUACCGGUAUGGUUAUUAUUGCCGUUUUCUUGCUCCUCUGGCCCUCUUUCAACACGUUAGUCCAAAAUGAGGCACCCAGUUGUCUCCGGGUCGUUGGUCAUCAUCUGCCUGUCAUUGUUCCCAUUCCAUAGAAGCACUUAUUCUAGUGGCAUUUUAAAGCGAACAAUGACAGUGCACAUUAAAGAUGAUAGCGAUACUGGCCAGCUGCCAAGAGGGUACUGCGGUAUCUGGCGAGUACAUCGCUUUCAUAGUUGAGAUCGUCUAUGUACACUAGAAUGUAGAACGGCGUCUGACCCGUUCGAACAAAGAGAGAGGGGUCAGCAGAGGACGGAAAGAAUUGCAGCUCAGCAAGAGUAGUGCAAGGCGUGUUGUGCCACUCAUGGGGUGCCUGAAAAAGGUCGUAGACAGGAGCUCCACUCGGUCCCAGGUGGGAACGACCCAGAGAAGCCUAGAGGGCGCUGGAGGUAGAUCUGCUUGUGCAGACUGUCAAAUGUAACUUAGGUC